AUGGGAAAGAAAAAAAUCAGCAACACACAGCCCUCGUGUGAUUUUUGUUUCAGUAAACAUGGUUUGGAGGAUCUGGAGUCAUUAUAUCCCACACUCAUAAAAGUUGCCGGAUGUAAUGAAUUGCCCUUACUGGAUUUAUCUUCAAUCCAAAUGGAUUUGGAGCAAAUUCUGGCUAGCGUAGUAGAGCGUGUUAUUUGCCUAAAAGCUGAGUCCAAAGGGAAGGGUUUACCUGUUAAUAUCAUUUCUUCACUAAAAUAUCAAAAAGGAAGCUGUGAGCCUGAAUCUAAUCAACAAUGUCUCUCGAAAUCUUCGUUGGUUGUUAAAGCUAAUCCUGACAAACCACUUACUUUAAUAAUAUCUCAGCGCUCAGGUCCUUGUCCAAAUUCUCAAUCAAUACUACCUGUUAUUUCUAGUGGACUUAGCAAGGCCAAACCUUCGGUCAGUGCAUUCGGCCUGCGACGGUCCAGCAGGUCGUCCGUUGAAGAAGCACCUGAGGCGAAUUCCCCCACAUCUGACAAGAAUCAGUUAUCUGCAAGUUAUGCUAUUCCGAAUAAAUUCUGGGAAUUAAUGGAACCAUAUUGUGCUGAAAUAACGGAGGCGAAUGUCAGUUACUUAGAAAGCCUUAUCCGAUCAUAUCAGCAUUUGGAAUCAAUUUACUUUCAUUUGCCUGUACUCAAACAAAGUGAAUCGUGUAAAAAUGAAACCAGCGAAGCAACAGCUUGCAAAAGACUUAGACGUGGUUCUUCUCAAAUUUUUCAACAGGCCACUACAGACGAAUCAUUGUGUUCAUUGAAUAACUGUAAUUCGUCCAUGUCCUCAUCUCAAUUGCUCAAUGUAACCAAAUACUUGGAAACAGAGCUCAAAAAGCCAGUCCCUGAAUCUUCUAUGUUAAGUAAAAUAUCUCAAUCCCUUUUGGAAUCUUGUUGUCAAGACGAUAUACUGUCAAAUUUUAGUGGAAAAUUAAAUUUCACAACAAAUCAAGUAAAAGAUAAUGAAGUUGAAGAUAAUCAAUCAGGAUGUACUGAUCCUAGUAGUUCCGAUUAUGGAACUAUAUCAUCUGAAGCUCUACAUGUCAACAGAUACAACAAUAACACCAAUUCGUCAAACACAUUGAUAAAUUCACAAGUGACGAACUAUCCGUCAUCAGGAUCUAUGAUAACAAAUCACAAUUUCUUAAUCGAUCCACACUUGCUUACUUCACGCGCUAGUGAACCACUUAAAAGUAUAGCUAAACAAUUACGUGUCAGUUCAUCAUAUCGAGUAGAAAAAAAGAUUGCACAGGCGAUUGAUGAACUGGGCUUGUUUCCCCUUAGUGUGUUACAUCCAAAAGUUUCACCUUUGGUUGAAUCUAAAGAAGAUUGCAAUCCUCACAAUAUAUCUUCCGGCGCAGUAUGUCAUGAUACUGUUUCUCAUUCAACAAAGUUAAUUAUCCGAAAAAAUAAAAUUACUUCAUCAAAUUCAGUGAAAUCAAGUCCAUUGAAACAUUCAAAUGAAGUUCAAGAUACUCUUGAGAAAAAUCAUGUUUUAAAAAAACGUCGAGUGAAUAAUGACAAAUCAUUAUCUCCUUUACCUGAACAUCACAAAAAUACAUCAUGUGAACCAAAUCCAACAGAUAGUGAACAUUCCACGGAAUUAUCAUUGUUACCUGUGAAAAUGGAAAAUAUCAAUCCGAUUAUCGAUAACAAUAAUGAUAAUAAUAAUAAUAAUAAUGGCCGAAUUAAAUCUACAUGUUAUUUAAAAAAAUUAAAACGAAAGAAUUUAAAAAUGUCAAAAUCGUUAUGUUAUAAAAAUAAAUUACGAAACACUGUGAAUAGUAAUAGUACACAUAAUGAAAUUCUGUACAAUGGAAUAACUCCUAGUUUGGAUGAUUCAAUUGAAUCAAACAAAUCGGAUUGCAUUCCUAACUCUCAUCCUGAUCCAAAUCUUCCUACCAUCGACACUGAAUAUUUCAGUGACCUAGAUAAUCCUCCAGGAAAUCACGAUCCACAUAUUAAUGUCAGUCCACGCAAUCGUAAUGGUUUCACUACUCAACUGUCGACGGAAAAUGAAAAGCGACCAAUUGAUCCAACAAGUCCUAAACAAAUCCACCAUUCUCUAAGGCAUAAUCGUUUUUCACCGAACAAUUUAUCUGGAUCUCAUUGUAAUACGGACAGUAAUCCUCUAUAUGGGUCGUUAGAAAAUCAUGAACCAGUUCUCGUUAAUGGUGAUUUAUCACUAUCUGAAUUUCACAGUGAAAAAUUGACGGAAAAUGAUAGAUUAGAUGAUAAACCGAAUUCGAAUUGUAAUACUUUUGAGGGCGAUUGUGAAACAGCUCAGGUAUUAGAUUCCAACUUACACAGUUCCUUGAACCAAAAUAAUGAACAAUUUACUUCUCCACUUCAAAAUGGUCAACUCAAAUUCAAAAUAGAUUCCAACUGGACAGAAAGGACAAAUAAAACAAAUGAUUUAACAGGGAAAUGUAGUCAUGAAGCUUCUCCUAUAAUCCAGCAUAACGAUUCAAAGUUACCGGACUGUGGUAUCAACACAGUGAUUCAAAAUCAUAUAUUCUUUAGUCAAGAUACUCCAUCAACAGCAACUACACAGUAUGGAUCUGGUGCUGUUGAUGAUAUUGGCUGGGCUAUUGUUCAACGUCAACGGGAGUUGAGAUUGUUAUGCACGGCAAACCAUCGAAUGCUUCGACGACUCGUACAGGCAGCUAGAAGAGAUAUGCAACGCCAAGAAAUACAAAGGCGUCUAGCGAUCGCAGACGCUGAUGUUAUUGAAGCUUAUAAUAAACUAGAAAGUUAUCGUCCACAUCGUAAACCUCCAUUGAAACGUGAUCGUGAUAUCUCAUGGAAAGCAUUGAAAGAACGUCGUAAAAUACUCAAAGAAUUAGAAGCUUUUGAUGCUAAAUCUCCUUAA